AUGACGAACAGCGCCAGUCAAGUUCCACGACGAACUCGAGUAGGACUUCGAGUUCGGACAGAAGCGACGGAUCAUCGACGCGUCUUGUUCGGCUGCGACGUCGGCAAGUUCUCGUCGAGCUCGCUCGGAAUCAUGAGCACGAAGCUCUGGGAUCUCGACGAAGGCUUCGGCACCUCUUUGAAGAUGUCCAAAGCCCAGCGGCUCGAGACGGGCGACUCAGCGAUGACGCACUCGAUGCUGAUCACCGCUGUGCACAUCGACGAGAAGAGUGGCAAGCCUACGCGGUGGAGGAUCGAGAAUAGCUGGGGACCGGAUGUGGGAGAGAAGGGGUACUUCGUCAUGGACGACGAGUGGUUCUCAGAGUACGUCUACCAGGUCUGCGCGGACCGCAAGUACGUCGACUCGAAGCUGGUCGACUUGUUCGACAAGGGCGAGCCGACCGUCUUGCCUCCCUGGGACCCGAUGGGUACCCUCGCUUGA